AUGUUCAACACUUCGCGAUUCGACACUAGUUUCGGCAGCUCAGAAUAUGUCUCGGAAGUUAUCAACGGUUCUUUACGACUUUUUUAUAACAUCGUCGCGAGUGCCGACCCUACAGCCAUGUGGAACGAGUCGUGCGGGGAGCAGCUGCUCGAUUUCACCACGGCGGAGAAGAUUUUCAUCGGAAUGAUCCUGGCCAUCAUGACAACGGUAACGGUGAUUGGAAAUACGUUGGUGGUUAUCGCCGUUUGCGUGGUAAAGAAGCUGAGGCAGCCAUCCAACUAUCUCCUGGUGUCUUUGGCCGUCGCGGACCUAUCCGUAGCCAUCGUGGUCAUGCCGUUUGUGAUUGUGACGGACCUGACUGGGGGUAAAUGGAUGUUUGGGGAAGUCUUCUGCAACAUCUUCAUAGGGAUGGAUGUAAUGUGUUGUACAGCAUCGAUUAUGACCUUGUGCGUGAUCAGUGUGGACAGGUAUCUGGGUAUCACACGACCCCUGACCUACCCCGCCCGCCAGAACGGACAGCUCAUGGCCAAGAUGAUCUUUGGGGUGUGGCUGGUCUCCGCCUCCAUCACUCUUCCGCCCUUCUGUGGCUGGGCCAAGAACGUGCACACGGCGGGCGUGUGUCUGAUCAGCCAGGACUUCGGCUACACCAUCUACUCCACCGCAGUGGCCUUCUACAUCCCCAUGCUGGUCAUGCUCUUCAUGUACUACAAGAUCUUCAAGGCCGCUCGCAAGAGCGGCGCCAAGCACCGCUUCACCGACCUAUCGCGCCGUGACCGCCUGGAGCAGGCAGCCAAUGAGACGCUUAGGAUGCAAGGUCUGAAGCCGCCGGGCGUGGCCGAGGAGUGCGCGGCUCUGUCCAGGCUCCUGAGCCGCGAGCGGCAGAACAUGUCGAUCUUUAAGCGGGAGCAGAAAGCGGCCACCACGCUUGGCGUGAUAGUGGGCGUGUUCUCCGUCUGCUGGCUGCCCUUCUUCAUCCUGUCAACGGCCAGGCCGUUCAUCUGUGGCGUGGAGUGCAGCUGCGUCCCGAUCUGGCUGGAGCGUGUGCUUCUCUGGCUGGGUUACGCCAACUCUCUCAUGAAUCCUUUCAUCUACGCCUUCUUUAACCGCGACCUCCGCUCCACCUACCGCGACCUGCUACGCUGCCGCUACCGCAACAUCAACCGACGCCUCUCUGCGGUGGGCGUCCACGAGGCCCUGAAAGUUUAG